UUUUAUCUUUGUUUAGGAAUAUUACCCUUCAUGGCAACCUCUUGUGCUCUCCUUGGUAAACUCUGCCUAGCAGCUAGUUUUGCUGUCGUGUACAUUCAUAGUGGUGAGAUAUUUCCCACUACGAUGCGUAAUUCUGCCAUGGGUUUAGUGUCAGUUGCAGCCAGAUUUGGCGGGAUUUGUGCCCCCUUCAUUGUUCUUCUUGGUGAUACAGUUCCUAACUCUCAAUUUACAGUAUUUGGUGUAAUGUCAAUAACUGCUGGAUUACUAAAUCUGAGACUACCAGAAACUCAAGGAAAGCCCCUGCCUGAAACCCUGGAUGAUAUGCUUGACCUAAAGGUUAAUAAUAAGAAGAUGGCGGGGAAAGAGAAGAUAAAACAUUUGUACAGUCUUCUGGAAUCAUCAGAUGUUUAAGAACUGAAUCACUGAACAAAUUAGAUUAAAUGUUUUUUCAAGAAACUAUAUUUUGUUCUUUAAUGCUAAAUUGUCUUUAUCAUUAUUUAUUUUUAUUAUUUAUUUAAAUAUUCUACCUGAAAAAAGUCUUUCUACAAACUUUAUAAACCCUGUGAUAUUUUUAAGUAGUAAUAUAAAGUAUUUUUUGGCCUAACUUUUUUUAUACCUGCAGAACUUGCCUAGAAUUAUGAUAUUUGUCUGAUGCCUUUGUUUGCCCAAGCUUUCAAUCUGUGUUAUUUUUUAAACUAGCUUUUUUACUUAUUUGUAUUUUUAUGUAUUUUUGUAGAAGUAUUAGUUUUGAUAAACU